GGAAAAUGUUGUGACACCAUUUUUCGAGUUCUUAUUUUUCGGCGACUAAUUUAUUUGGUCGGCCUUUGGGAUUAUUAACGCUUUAGUGUGCUGUGUCCAAGAAAGAAACUCCUUUUUUAGGAAGAACUCCAUAGAAUAUAAAUCGAGGCUAUGACCAUACACUACCCUACACGGUGACCCAGUUGCGCAAUGCAUUUCAGAUGUCUCAUCUCUAACACUAUAUAAUGGUGGUUCCAUAGAAUUCAAAGUCUACCUGAUAACCACAAUGGUGGCGAACUUGGCGACUGUAUCCUCUUUCUUUCUUGAAUAUGUUGAAAACCUCGUAAACUCCUGCAAGUCUCUAAUAAGAUGGACAGUAGUUUGGAAGAAAGUAGGACAGUAAUUUCUUGACCUUAUGCCCCAAAUCUAAAAAACCUAAUAGGCUAAGCAGAUAUAUUGCUGCUUGAAAGUACCGAGCCCCAAGACCGCAGUCACCUAUUGAGGGCGGAUCCGCUCGUGAUAGGCUGAGCCGCAUUGAUGACAUGAAACAAUUUGCAAUCAUGUCGGUCUUUGUGAGCCCGCUUCUAUACCUGAACAGGCUACAUUAUACAUUAAUCUCCUUCGUUCCUUGCACGAAAAUGGCAAAAUAUUAUAUGGUUUUAAUUAAAAUCCCUUUAAUUUAUUUGUGAUAGCGUCAGCAUCGAUAGAUCGGUCAAAAGAUCAGCUUUUAGAGCUGUUAGCAAUACACAAACAUACUUAGCAAAAAUCUGCCCCAGGGAGCUCAUCUUCAAAUUUCCCGAUCGUGUCGAGACCACAACCAUAAGCACAAAACCAACGGUUUAUUCAUCAGGCUUUUGUGUUCAUCAUGAAUAUUAGUGAGCGCUUGAUGUGUCUUUUGAGUCUACAAAUCGUACUGGCAUCUGGCGCAGACUUCCACGACUACCAGAAAUCGUUCAUGGAGGAUGCAAUAGCAAACGACUACUCCAUGAACGGGGAUUUUUCGAAAUUCGCGAUGACAAAACAACAAUUACUUCACAAUCUACCUCUGCAGUUUCAAGCUUCAUUGUUACACCUGGGACAAGCGGUCGAUAAAUUUCUUUCAAAUCAUCGUCAACGUGGCUGGAUAUUUGAUCCCGGAUCGAAGAACUUUGGAAAAUCUGUUAGAGAUUCGCUUCAGGUUCUUGGAAGUUUCACAAGAUCUCAUAGUUUAGAUCACCUUCGUGAUUCUCUACCAAGGUGUACGGUGAUCGACGACUACAUCGACGUUUCAGAAAAAACGGAUAAUGAACGAUGUUACAACUACGUACAUCGUUCUGAGACAGAAUUGGAACCAGCCUCAAUAAACAAGACGCUCUUAAUUAUUACGGGAAUAAUAUUUUGCUAUCUUCUGCGCGUGCUGGUGGCUUGGCAUCUCGAAAGUCUGCACACUACGCCCCCUGAACAUUUCCGUUAUAAAACUGAAAUGCUUCACAGGAGCCCCAGCAGUAAAAUGAAGAUUUGUGAACGUCGUUUCGAUCGAAAAGCUGGAAAGCAGGCUAGUAAGAGUAAUACUUCGGGGGCCCAACCAGUGCCUCUGCAAGUUUUGGCGUCUGACGUUGUAAAGCGCAUGCACGAUUCCUCAUUACCCAGUUUUGGCAAAGCUUUUGAAGUUAUGCACACAGACUCGCGAGAAAUUGAUACCUACAAUUCAAAAAGAAUCAACUGCGCCGGGAAAGCUUUUUUCACUCAUCACUCUGCUCAAAGAAGUUGCGAAACGAUACAACUUUCACCCAAAAUCCUUCCUCGCUCUUUACCGUUAAGAGACCAAAUGCAGAAGCAAAUCCCUACGGAAAAGAGAAAUAAAAUUUUGCCACAUCUUUUAGAUAAUGAGGUGCCAAAAGAAAGCUGGAAGCGGCUGUUAGAUCAUGAGGUGCCAGAAAAAUGCUUGCCACUGCCGUCAGAUCAUGAGGUGCCUGAAAAAUGCUUGCCACUGCCGUCAAAUCAUGAGGUGCCAAGAGAAUGCUUGCCACGGUCGUUAGUUCAUGAGGUGCCAGAAAAAUACUUGCCAAUGACGUUACAUAGCAAGGUGAAUGAAAAAAAUUUGCCACGGCCGUUAUAUAGCAAGGUGCCAGAAAAAAGCUUGCCGCUCUCGUCGGAUGAGAUGCCCGACAGCUACUUGCUACCGCAGUCAGAUAAUGUGGCGGCAGACAGAAGCUCACCCCUGCAGUCAGAUAAUGUGGCGGCAGACAGAAGCUCACCACCGCAGUCAGAUAAUGUGGCGGCAGACAGAAGCUCACAACUGCAGUCAGAUAAUGUGGCGGCAGACAGAAGCUCACCACCGCAGUCAGAUAAUGUGGCGGCAGACAGAAGCUCACCACCGCAGUCAGAUAAUGUGGCGGCAGACAGAAGCUCACCAGCGCAGUCAGAUAAUGUGGCGGCAGACAGAAGCUCACCACCGCAGUCAGAUAAUGUGGCUGCAGACAGAAGCUCACCACCGCAGUCAGAUAAUGUGGCUGCAGGAAGGAGCUUGCCGCCUUCAGGCAUUAACGUGUCAGCACCGGAUCCAUUGAAGUCUUCCUGGAAAAACGUCGCGCCACCUGCAUCCUUAGAGGCAUCAGUGGGAAGCAUGUCACCACCGACUUCUUUCGAGGUGACCUCAAGAAGCGUGUCACCACUUGAACCAUUCGAGGUACCGGUAACCGAAAGAAGCGUUUCACCACAAGCUUCAUUAGAAGUAUUCGAGAGAAGCGUGUCACCACCAGCUUCAUUCGAUGCAUCCGAGAAGGGCGUAACAACUACGACGUCAUUCAAGGAAGGUGAGAGAAGCGUGUCACCACCAGCUUCAGUCGAGGUAGCUGAGAGAAGCGUGUCACCACCAGCUUCAGUCGAGNGCCCGAGAGAAGCGCGUCACCACCGGCUGACUGUUCGCGCGUCACCACCGGCUGACUGUUCGGCGCCCGAGAGAAGCGCGUCACCACCGGCUGACUGUUCGGCGCCCGAGAGAAGCGCGUCACCACCGGCUGACUGUUCGGCGCCCGAGAGAAGCGCGUCACCACCGGCUGACUGUUCGGCGCCCGAGAGAAGCGCGUCACCACCGGCUGACUGUUCGGCGCCCGAGAGAAGCGCGUCACCACCGGCUGACUGUUCGGCGCCCGAGAGAAGCGCGUCACCACCGGCUGACUGUUCGGCGCCCGAGAGAAGCGCGUCACCACCGGCUGACUGUUCGGCGCCCGAGAGAAGCGCGUCACCACCGGCUGACUGUUCGGCGCCCGAGAGAAGCGCGUCACCACCGGCUGACUGUUCGGCGCCCGAGAGAAGCGCGUCACCACCGGCUGACUGUUCGGCGCCCGAGAGAAGCGCGUCACCACCGGCUGACUGUUCGGCGCCCGAGAGAAGCGCGUCACCACCGGCUGACUGUUCGGCGCCCGAGAGAAGCGCGUCACCACCGGCUGACUGUUCGGCGCCCGAGAGAAGCGCGUCACCACCGGCUGACUGUUCGGCGCCCGAGAGAAGCGCGUCACCACCGGCUGACUGUUCGGCGCCCGAGAGAAGCGCGUCACCACCGGCUGACUGUUCGGCGCCCGAGAGAAGCGCGUCACCACCGGCUGACUGUUCGGCGCCCGAGAGAAGCGCGUCACCACCGGCUGACUGUUCGGCGCCCGAGAGAAGCGCGUCACCACCGGCUGACUGUUCGGCGCCCGAGAGAAGCGCGUCACCACCGGCUGACUGUUCGGCGCCCGAGAGAAGCGCGUCACCACCGGCUGACUGUUCGGCGCCCGAGAGAAGCGCGUCACCAACGGCUGACUGUGCGGCGCCCGAGAGACACAGUGUGAACGAGGCUGACUGUGCGGCGCCCGAGAGACACAAUGAGAACGAGGCUGACUGUACGGCGACCGAGAGAGACAGUGUGACCGAGGCUGACAGGUGCUUGUGCACUGCAGCUCCCUCCGUGGCAAUGAGUGAGACUUCCAGGAACGAACUUACGAAGUGUGGCCUUCCCAUGUGGGGCGAGGGUGGAGGGGUGGCUGUCGAUUCGGUUCAAUUCUACCCCGAGGAAGUCAUGGGACAGGCUGUUCCUGAAUGUUACAACUCGCUCCUCGAUCAGUUAGGACGUGUCGAGGUUGUCGUCAUUCCCACCCCGCACAGCGGUGCUGACACUGGAUGUGAGACGUGGGUGGUGUCAUCCUCCGCGUAA